AUGUCUUCCAGAACCAACUUCAAGCCCAGAGUGAGCAUCACUCACAUUGGAACUGCGACGGCCAUCCUUGAUAUCGAUGGCGUGCGCUUCUUGACCGACCCUUUCUUUUCUCCAGCAGGCACCACCUGGGACGUGGGUAUCACUAUCCUCCAGAACACCGAAGAUCCUGCCCUCAAGCUCGAUCAGCUUCCUCCCAUCGACGCAGUGCUGUUGAGCCACGAAGACCACCCCGAUAAUCUCGACGAGCUGGGCCGCCGGCUCCUCGACGGCCGGCACGUCUUCACGACCGUGGACGGAGCCAAGAACCUCGCUCCUCGCCCGGCGGUCGUCGGCAUGGAGCCAUGGACAACCGUGGAGAGACGCAUCGGCGGAAAGGUCUUCCGCAUCACGGCCACCCCGUGCCAGCACCUACCCGGCGGUGAAUGCAUUGGAUUCUUGCUGUCGUCGGACGACUUUGGGCUUGGGCCGAACAAGCUGCCGAACGCCGUCUAUUUCACGGGCGACACGGUGUACAUGGACGAGUUGACUACGAUUGCCGACAAGUUUCACGUUCCCAUCGCCAUGAUGAAUCUCGGUUCCGCCCAUGUGCAGUUUCCGGACAGGGACGCACCGCUGCAAAUCACCAUGGACGGCAAGCAGGCGGCUCGUCUUUUCCGAGAGAUCAAGGCAGACCAUUUAGUGCCCAUGCAUUACGACAAGUCGUGGGGUCAUUUCACGCAGUUUGAGGAGGGACUGGCGAAGGAUUUCAAAGAUGAGGGUGUUGAUGACAAGGUCAGGUGGUUGAAGCCGGGACUUGCAGUUGAGAUUAUCUGA